AUGGGCACCAAACAGACCAAGGGCUGCCAGCCGGGCAGCGCUGGGGAGAGCCCCCCGGCCCACCACCACCGCAAGAAAGUACCCCCCAGGGAAAGGGGAGACUUCCUCGCCUCCCUCGUGGUGAAGUCCGGCGAGAAGUUUGGGAAGGGCGGUGGCAGCAGCUUGCCCCCUUACCACCGGCGGAUCUGCAUGAUCCAGGACAUGCUGGUGCUGGGGGAGCAGGGGGAGCAGGGGGAGGCCUGUGAGCUGCUGAACCAUCUCAUGGAGGAUUUGGGAAUGGAGUCAACCUCUCUGGAUGAUGUCCUCUAUCGAUAUGCCAGCUUUCGAAACCUGGUGGAUCCAAUCACUCAUGACUUGAUCAUCAGCCUUGCUAGGUACAUCCACUGCCCCAAACCGGAGGGGGACUCCCUUGGGGCCAUGGAGAAGCUUUGCCGGCAGCUCACCUACCACCUCAGCCCCCACUCGCAGUGGAGACGCCAGGGCAUCAUGAAGAGGAAACCGCAGUCCUGCUUGAAAGCUGUCCUGAUGGGGAAGCCUCAGGACAACACAGUGGACUUGUCGGGCAUCCCACUGACGCUGAAAGACUUGGACCGUGUCACGUCCUACCUCCAGCACAGCUCGGAGCACAUCGACACGGUGGAACUGUGCUUCACGGAGCUGACGGACGACAUGCUGCUGCAGCUGCUGCCAGCCCUCUGCGUGCUGCCCCACCUCACCACCCUCUCCCUCAACGGCAACCGGCUCACCAAAGCCAUCCUACGGGACCUCACCGAAACCCUGAAGGACCCCAAGAAGUUCCCCAGCGUCACCUGGAUCGACCUUGGCAACAACGUGGACAUCUUCUCCUUGCCGCAACCCUUCUUGGUCAGCCUAAAGAGACGAUGCCCAAAGCAAGGCAACUUGCCAACCAUUCUGGAGUUCGGCGAGGGUCAGGUAAGUGACUUGGAGAGCCAAGAUGGCCCGGCUGAGAGCCAGGAGGACCUGCGAGCUGGACCAGGCAAGACUGAUGACAUAGGCUUGCAGCAGAUGGCCAGAACAGUUGAGCCUGGGGAGCUCCCCAACUCAGAGCAAGGUGCUGCGACAUCCCAGACAUGA